GCAUCUCUGGGCUGGCUACCCACCCCGCUUUUCUUCUUGAAGGACAAGGGCAUAGCGGACUAUAGCGUUCACCCUCUCUAUAGGGGCAGCUUCUGGCUGAGUCAGGGUCUGUCCUCUCUGAUCCCUCUCUGCCCCAUUUGCCCUAAUGCCUGUCCUCCCAUUUCUUUGGGUGGUAAAAAUAGAUACCAUUUAUUGAGUACCUACUAUGUAGUCUUAGAUGUACACUUAGCUACAUUUUUCUCAUGUAAUCCUGGCCACAAUUUAGCAGGACAGGUCUUGGAAGGGAGAGAGGUUCAGACCUAAGUCACUUGUCCAAAGUCCCAUGGAUGGUGUAAAUGGUGCUGUUGGGUUUUGGGGUGCAUUUAUUAGGCACUUACUGUGUGCCACUUAGUACUCUGCUAAAUAAUUUUACUACAGUGUACCCCUGAAAUGAGCACUCUUGUUAUUCUCAUUUUUUGUAGGAAAACCUAAGCCUCAGAAAGUUUAAGUAACUUGCCCCACAUCUCAUAGCUCUAAGUGGCAGAGGCAGGCUUUGAACCCAGAGGCAGGAUUUGAACCCAGGCAGAGGCAGGAUUUGAACCCUGACCCCUGUUUGUCUGGUGCUGCCUGCGCCUUCUAGAAGUCUGGCCCUAAGACCAAGACUUGAUGCUUCAUUCCAUGGCCAUGAAGGGCUAGGGGAGGUGAUGCCUAUGAAAGUGUUGUGUGUAUGGGACGGGGCAGCUCAAUCCAGCCCUCCGCCGUUUGGCUAAGACUUGUUGACACACCGAGCGAGGCUCUUCCAGCCCUGUGACGGUGCCUCGGGUGUGCUGAGGAGAAACAGAAUGACAGACACCUUCUGAGCGCACCAUGAAUCUGGUUCUUCGGCUGAAGACUAAGCCCACAGCAAGCAGAUGAUUUCUGUCUUCACAUCUAAACAAACCCGCAUCGGGCACCCAGCGAUGACAACAGCUCUGUGCAAUCUGUUACUGUCCGCAAAACCCACUUGCUCUUUCUCCUCCUUUGAGGGACUCACUGAACACCCAAGAAAUGGAGGCAGAAAAUGUCCAAGGACCAUGACCUUGGACGCCCCCAGGAGAGGCCUUCUGAUGCUCCUGAUGGCCUUGGGCCUGACCCACGGCGACCCCGUGAAGCCGUCUCGGGGCCCGCUGGUGACCUGCACCUGUGAGAGCCCACACUGCAGGGGGCCUACCUGCCAGGGGGCCUGGUGCACGGUCGUGCUGGUGCGGGAGGAGGGCCGACGGCCCCAGGAGCACCGGGGCUGUGGGAGCCUGCACGAGGAGCUGUGCCGGGGGCGCCCCACCGAGUUCGUCAGCCACUACUGCUGCUACAGCUCCCUGUGCAACCACAACGUGUCCCUGGUGCUGGAGGCCACCCAGAUUCCUCCGGAGCAGCCAAAGGUAGAUGGCCAGCUGCCUCUGAUCCUGGGCCCCGUGCUGGCCUUGUUGGCCCUAGUGGUCCUGGGUGCCCUGGGCCUGUGGCAUGUCCGGCGGAGGCAGGAGAAGCAGCGGGGCCUGCACAGCGAGCUGGGCGAGUCCAGCCUCAUCCUGAAGGCAUCCGAGCAGGGGGACAGCAUGCUGGGGGAUCUCCUGGACAGUGACUGCACCACGGGCAGCGGCUCAGGACUCCCCUUCCUGGUGCAAAGGACAGUGGCACGACAAGUGGCCCUUGUGGAGUGUGUAGGCAAGGGCCGCUAUGGCGAGGUGUGGCGUGGCCUGUGGCAUGGUGAGAGCGUGGCCGUCAAGAUCUUCUCUUCGAGGGAUGAACAGUCCUGGUUCCGGGAGACCGAGAUCUACAAUACAGUGCUGCUCAGACACGACAACAUUCUAGGCUUUAUUGCCUCCGACAUGACUUCGCGCAACUCGAGCACGCAGCUGUGGCUCAUCACGCACUACCACGAGCACGGCUCACUCUAUGACUUCCUGCAGAGGCAGACACUGGAGCCCCAGCUGGCCCUCAGGCUGGCUGUGUCAGCCGCCUGCGGCCUGGCUCACCUGCACGUGGAGAUCUUCGGCACGCAGGGCAAGCCGGCCAUUGCCCACCGAGACCUCAAAAGCCGCAACGUGCUGGUCAAGAGCAACCUGCAGUGCUGCAUCGCCGACCUGGGCCUGGCUGUGAUGCACUCCCAGGGUAGUGAUUACCUGGACAUCGGCAACAACCCGCGAGUGGGCACCAAGCGGUACAUGGCCCCCGAGGUGCUGGAAGAGCAGAUCCGCACUGACUGCUUCGAGUCCUACAAGUGGACAGACAUCUGGGCCUUUGGCCUGGUGCUGUGGGAGAUUGCCCGUCGGACCAUUGUCAACGGCAUCGUGGAGGACUACAAGCCACCCUUCUAUGAUGUGGUGCCCAAUGAUCCCAGCUUCGAGGACAUGAAGAAGGUGGUGUGUGUUGAUCAGCAGACCCCCACCAUCCCCAACCGGCUGGCUGCAGACCCGGUGCUCUCAGGCCUGGCUCAGAUGAUGCGGGAGUGCUGGUACCCCAACCCCUCUGCCCGCCUCACUGCGCUGCGGAUCAAGAAGACACUGCAGAAGCUCAGCAACGGUCUUGAGAAGCCCAAAGUGAUUCACUAGCCACAGGCCUGAAGCCUGACUCUCCUCUGCCUACAGUGCGUGUGGGGUGGGCGGCAGAGGGUGGCCUAUCUGGGUAGAGAGAUGUAGUGUGAGUCUGUGUGCUGGGGAGGAGGGUGCCCCUCUGCGGGUCCGGCUGUGCCUGCCUGCCGGCUCAUCCAGCCAAAAAUACAGCUGGGCUGAAACCCGAUCCGAUCCCCCCCCCCCCCGCCCCCCACCGUCUGGCCUGCUCAAAGCAGCAGGCUCCCUGACGCCUGGCUCCCUCCCCACCCUCAUGCCCUGGGCACAGCCCCUACCACCCCCAGGACAGGAUGCAAAAGAGGCCCCAGAGCCAGGGUGACCGGGCCAGGGAAUCCCAGUCGCGGGCCCAGAGCCCAGGCCUGCACUUUUCCCCCUGCCCUCGGUCAACCCCACUGCCCCACCAGAGCUGCCAGGGUGACACAGGGCUCUGUCUAGCCUUCAGUACACAUCCUGCCUCUGGCAUCAGCCUCACACCCAGGGUCCAUCAUUUCCUCUCUGUGGGUUUGCCUGGGGCCUCUGUCUCCUGGACAAGACCCCACCAGCUGAGCACCGGCUGCCUGGGAGAGCUGGAGCCUGAUCCUGGGCCCCUUCCCCACCCCCAGCCUAGCUCACUUCUUAGGGCAUUAAACCCAGGGAAUCCUGCUGCAGGUGUGUCAGGGUCAGAGGACGGUGGAGAGGUAAUAGGUCAGAUGGGGGAGGCCCAGGACCUUCAGAACAACUGGGAGACGCUAAAGCCAAGCACAGCUCGGGAAAGGCUCAGCUGGGAGUCAGGAGACCCAGGUUCUGGUCCUGGGCAAUUGCUCCAUGGGACAAGGAUGAGGCCUUCACUGUCCAAGACCUUUGUUUCCUCAUCUACAUAUUGAAAGAUUCAGGCCUGA